AUGUCUGAAUCCUUCUAUACCUCGACCUCGGCGUCAGGCGAUCCAACUGCAUCGCAUGCAUCUCCAGCACCCUCAUCUCCCAUAACAGCUGGCGCACCCCCACCCCCUCCGCCCAAGCCUCUAUCUCAGUUCAAUGACCAGAUUCAAAGCUCUGCUUCAAGUCGCUCGGGCACGCCAGGCCCCUCAUCCACAACUGCGCCGGCCCUUCCAGCCGUACCUGGACUAACAAACUCGCCGCGUCCACAGCCACCUCUUCCACCAGCCCAGUCUUACUCGACACCAGUUUCCCAGGUUCAAUAUCAGUCUCAGACAGUCCACAAUUCGAUCCCACCUCCUUCACUAUCUGACCGAUGGAUUCCGCCCGAGUUGCAGGACAAGCCAAUUAAUGAACUGCAUCCACUUGUCCACAAUACAUCUUUGCUCGCGUCCUUCGCGGCUAGUCAUCCUUCUUACUCUUCAGCGCUUGUUCCGCUGCAGUCUGCCGUCCAAGCCAAUAUCCAGCUUGCAGAACAAGUCUCGCGGGCAGAAAAUCAACUACAUCAAUUGAGAAAUGAGACGGCGCAGCUCUUGCUGAACCAUACGUCAUUGCAGACGCAGUGGAAAAGAAAACAGAGCGAGAUGGACGAUGCGCUGGCGCCCUGGGGACCCAGACAGAUGUAUCAGCGGCUGGUGUCGAGCAUCAACGAGCAGGAGGCCUUGCUAAGGGCCGUGCAGGAGAGCUUUCUGGAUGGUUCGGACAGAGAUGAUUCAUUCUACGGCGGUGGAAAUGGAAAGGCUAGUGAGAAAGACGUUUCAGAAUGGAUUCGAAGAAUCAAAGAGGGAACUACGACACUGGAGAAGAGGAAAGAGAUGAGGGCUCGAUGGGACGAAGGCAGAGUCGGUGGAUGGAGAUGA